UUGGACAGCAGCAGCAGUAGAGGCGGCGGGAAGCAGCACUCUCCGUGCCUCAUACAUUUUUCUAGAUUUUUCAUCCAUUUACGAUGGUGUUCCCUGAGAGUGGCACUCGCACGAGGGUUAAUGGUGCCACACUGACCCAGCACACUGGGUGCCAGGUGGUGCUGCUAGGAGAGGUAAACCAGAUGGACUCCUCGGGCAAGGUGCUAACAGUGAAGGCUAGUGAUGGGCAGUCAGUACAAGUUAUCUUACAGCAGCCUGCACAGGAAAUUUUAGAAGGUUUGAUUGAAAUUCAUGGAGUAGUCGAAGGGAGACAAGUGAUAUGCCAGUCUUACAUAACCUUCCCUUUGGAUGAUGCCAGGAAUUUUGAUAUGCAAUCAUAUGACCAAGCUGUUCGACUGAUCCAUACCGUGAAAGACAACCCUUGGAAGUCUGAUUAGUCUCCUCAACACAUCCUGGUGAAAUGAAGAUUUU